UUUCAACUUGAAGCAGCCGACGAAGAUACCACAACAUUAAUGGCAGCAUACACACUACCUCUCAACAAGACUCGACUGUUGUGCUUGGAGGCCCAACCGCACGACAGCGCAUCAGGCGAAUUAUCAAAUCACAGCGAUCAUAUCGGGACGGUCGUUCAGGUCACCGUCAGAAGCAGAAACGCAAGUCCUUCUAAGGCAGAACUAUCCAUAUUUGCUAUAGAGCAGCACGAUAUCACCAAGGCUAUCGAGGCACUGCUACUUGGACACGUCAAUGGACUCGAGAAGCUUCCCAAGCGCGUGGUCAUUCGAGAAGACAGGCUACUGGGAUACGUUCUUGUCGGCGAGCGACGGGCAUGGACGUACGGACGGCGUAAACAGUUCUACUGGGGCAGACAUCCGCUAAGGAGUGGCGAAGACAAAUGGGUAUUCUACUUCGAGACCACGAAAUUGUAGCCUUCAGAUCACCGAUGUGAAGGCACCCGGCGACACUAUCUUGCCUUUACUUGUGCUUACCCAGGCGCAUAUAUACUCUUUAUUGUAGGCUUUGUAUUACGCCAUCCUGCUCAUAUAAAUUGUAUGCGUACAUUACCAUUCACGCGGCCAG